AUGAGCCGAUCGCCUCUUCUCGCCUCGGCCCGAUCGGGUCGGCCGAAUGCGGCUCUCGGCGCGCCGCGAGCAGAGUCUGCGAGUCCCGUCACCGCGAGACGUCAUCCAAAGCUGUGUCGUCAACGCGGACGACGGCCGACUCUCUCUUUGCCCUCCCGUCUCGCCUCGGCAACACAACCAGCUCAUUGUCUCUGCGCCACUGGUCGUCAAGCGCUACCGCGUCAUGCCUCAUUUCGAGUCCUGUCAUUCGAGUCGGCUCGCCGGUCCUCCUGGCAACUGUCCGUCGUAGUCGACGUCUCGUCGAGCCGAUGUUGGCACCGCGGCGUGUGUGCCCAGCGACGCGACGACGGUGGAAAGAGACCGAGAGCGACAACAGCCGGAGUGGGGGCUGGAGCCGACAAGAGAGAGAGAGAGAUGGCGACAACGCGAUUGGUCGAGACGCACUCGGGUGGGCCGGGCCAGCCGCGGGGUCAGCGUCGCGGUCAAGACUGGCGAGGGCUCGGGCGCAGUCGCGUCACCUUUUCACCGGCCGCGUCGCGUCACGUCGCGUCCCUGACCCUGAACCGGCUCGAGGUCAGCCAAAAGGCAUCUUCAUGA